AGAAGCUAGUAGUAACAAGUGCCACGCUGGUAGAAACAGGUGCCUUACUAGUAGUAACAAGAAGCUAUUAUUUUAAUUUGGAGCGUCAUGGCAUCCUGUGGGGAUUAUCAGCUCUACCGCUUUCACCUGGGCACUGCAGUGACCAUUCCACGUGAAGACGCGGACGAAGACGCGACAGACGCGAAGUUGACUUCGUUCGACGACCCACAAGACGAAGUGCCUUUCGAAGCUGAUGUACACCGCAUCUCAGAUCAGUAUAUUUUUGAGACUGUUGCGGAGUGCAUGCCGAGUUUGUCACGGGUGAGCAGCGUCCCCGAUUUCUUGGAUUUUUUCGAAGAAUUCUCCGGGGACAAAGAGGCUACAACAAAGUUUGUGGUGGCGAUUGCGGCUUUCUUUGGUGGGAACUUGAUUGCUCGAGGGCAGUGGCAAGAACUUUUGACCUUUAUCAUUGCCUUCCUGGUGGUCUUUGUUUUUCAUUUGCCUUUUCUGGCCAGAACCACGUCUUUGGUAUUGGUGUGCUACUGUGUGAAUUCAUUGAAGACUGAUGGAGUAUCAGUGGAAUGGGCAGUGACGGUGGCAGUUGUGAUUUUCUUAGCAGUGUUGGCAGUGAUGCUGAUUCGGAUGGCCUCCAAACAAGACCCUCGCAGCUACGUGUUGCUUCCAUUUCACAUGGCGAUGGCACUGAAGGAAGAGAACGGGAAAGAGACGGAGACGACGACUUCCGUGUCCAUUUGGAAUCAUCUUCAUAUGGAUGUGAAGGUCCUUUGCUUCAAUCCCACUGACCGCGUGCAGUUUAUUCCAAAGGGUGGUUUGCUGCCAUCCAAUUCCGUAGUUCGACGAGGUCAGCGGAUCCAACUGAAGGACAAGACCGCUACUCCGUACAGAGGGCCUUUGACGGUGAAGAUCUUCGCACCCUUCGAAACCGAGCUGGGCACGUGGAGCUCACUGACGGGGACAUGGAUCUUGCGUGCGACUGCGCCUCCGGUGAUUCUCAGCCGUCAUCCGAGGCCACUUUUCAAAAACAUGAGCGAAGAUAGUGUGGUGGUGGUGAUCAGUGAGUGGGACUGGACAUGCAGCCUGUGGCUUCCUUUGUCUCAGAUCUUUGCUCGACUUUGGCAUGGCUCGACCUUGGCUUCGCUGAGGAGCACUUCUCCGUGCCGCACGUUGGACUGUGAAAAGCUCGUGUCCAGCUUUUGGAGUAGCCCAGCUAGCUGCCCAGCUAGCUCCACACGGAGCGGAGCAUCCCGCUGUUGUGUGGUGAAAUCCAACUCUCACAUCCCGCUGCGUCAGAGCGGGUCCCGACCAUCCCGCUACGUCCUGAGAGUCUACAGCGGUUUGGUGGGUUCCUUGGGACUUUGGGGUGGUUUCAUCGAAAGAGCCUGUUGCAUCUUGGAGCCUGGAGAAGACGUCGAGUAUGAAGGAAUCACGUCCUGGUCCAGCUUCAACUCGAACCGGAAGAGUGGUGAGAAUCGUAUUCUCGAUCUUUCAGCGGUUUCAUCUCUUCUCUCUUCGAGCGGUCAAAAAGACGACAUUGCUCCGUUCGUCGCGCCCUUUAAACACGUCACGGCGACAAGACCGAGUUAA